CGGAGAUUGAAAAUCACGAAUGCUGGUCUGUCCUAAUGUACGAGACACAUCACCACCGCCGGUCCGCGCUGGACGAAUAUCUGAGCUCUGUGGAUCAUGCACCGCAUGAGGAGGCAGAGGCGCAGCACUUCCAUGCGCCUUCCAUCACAUCAGACUUGAGGACCAAGGUCCUACAGACGGUGUUGCCUAUUGUCGUAGCUGCCAUCCGUCAAAUCGCUCCAUCCCACACCAAGGCCGAGAUGCUUAAGGACUUGGCGUUCGCACACGUAGUGCAAAAGUCCAAGCGCGUUGCGACGAGAAUACCUACACCCUCCCCUCGUAGCUUCGGGGAGGUUCCGCUGCAACAACAUCGCCUGACUUCGUCGUUCCGUUCAAUUGUGCGAGACCGAACCAGUCACCUCGUGUGCAGUGCAAGUUUGUUUGCAGCCAUCACAACGACGUUUAUCACAACAAGUGCUCCUUCAUCGUGGCUAGGAUGGCAGCAGUCCGUAGGUUUCAUCGGUGCGGGUCUCACGCUUCUCCAUGUCCUCUUUCCCUUGUUCGACUUGGCGGUGAUGUUGUUCUACUUUGUCACCUGCCGCCGUCAGUGCCGCUUCCUCGCCAGUCAAAUCGCCCUCGUCCACCAGCGAAAGCACGACCUGCAGCACCAAUGCAACCAAGUGCUUCGCCAGAUCAAAGCCGCGGCCGCAGCCCAGCGCGGAUACCUCUUGGACGACGAAUGGAUGCCUCCCAUCGGUCGCCUGGAAGCCAACGAGAACGCGCCCCACCUCUCGUGUGUCUUUUUGCGUCAGACGUUGCACGCCAUCUACAUGUCCAUAGCACACUCCAACUCUUCUGGCCACUUGCCGCCCCUUCCACUGGCCCAUCACGAGCCCCAAGCCAGCCGCCAUCCGUCGCUGCUACUCAUGGCCUUAUCCCACCAGCACAACGCGACCAUGCAGUUCCUCGACCAGGCAUUAGCAGCCUUGUCCUUUGACGAUGACCAGUCGUUGGCGCACGUUCUUCGUGAGAUUGCUUUGUGGGUCGACAGGCUGCAGCAGGCCACGGCCGUCCUCGAUGACGCCACCAAGCAAGUUGACCUCACUGUGGACCCCCCAGAAGUAGAUCAAGCGUCUCGAACGUCCGCCACCACAACAAUCCCAUCAUCGUCAUCAUGUCAUCACUUACAACAGCAGAAGAUGCUCGGGAACACCCUCAAGACGGCCGUGGCCGUGCUGUUUGCAGCCGACAGUCGUGUUGAUGAUCCAGAAACCACGAGGCAGUGCGUGGCGCGAGUGGGCGAACUGCUGGCCGCUGCGACUGCCACGUGGACAAAGUGGCAGGCGGGCGUCGUGACGGUAGACAUAUUGAUGUCAUCAUGUACGGCCAGUGGUGGUUGGCUGACUCUACAAACAGCAGGACGGGCGACACCCACAGACACCCACGGACAACCCGGGGCCCGAUGAUUCGGAUCAAGUAGAUGGUGUGUUAGAUUGAUUGUCGGGUUGCUUAGUGAGCAAGAAAUGUAGAUGCAAACCAGGAACGGCCGUCGAUGGCUUUAGACGACACGACCGAGGCGUUUACUCAGGUGUUUACGGCUCUGAGCACAGGACAACUGGGUCGAGAGGCGGAGCGCCAUGAUGAAGCGAUGGACACCGGGAUGAGGAUGAUGCAGACAUUUGAUCACGUUGUGAAUGAACUGCAGGAUGUGCUUGUCCGGCGACCGCUUCCGGAAGAACGCGUGCAAGGCCAUGAUCAUGCGCCCGUCGGGCUGCCAACAACGACCAAGACGUCCAACGAGGUUGACGCGGCGUUUGCCUUGCCGAAAAAAGUGUCGUCAGAGCUUCAUGCUGCGCUGUUCAAGUUGCAACAGAUGCCAGUAGCAGAGGAAGAGUUCCAGAGCUUCGAUGACGACGAAAGCGAUGAUGAGUCCUUUUGAUAGCCAUAGGUUCUUGGCAAGGCGAUGUCGAAUCGUCAACGACGGAACGUGCCAUACAUGUCGACUUAUCUACAGCUGAAGUACAUACAAUUAACACAAGUACUGGUCUAAUGAACGCAUUGCUAUGGCCAGC